CAAUAAACUUUCGUGGCAAGUUUCCUUUCAACCCUCACUUGAGUCGCUUCUCCCUCUUUGCCUCGUCCUCCUACUCCGUCGAGCGCUAGGGUUUAAUCGGCUCCUCACGGCAGCUAGGGUUUAGCAAAAUGGUGGCGGAUCGCGGCAAGAAAUCGAAGGCAUCCGACGCUGCCCCAGAAGACGACUCCAAUCGCAUUGACCAGGACCUGAUUGUCUCCGUUGAGAAGCUUCAGGAGGUCCAAGAUGAGCUCGAGAAGGUGAAUGAGCAAGCAAGUGAUGAGGUAUUGGAAGUCGAACAGAAGUAUAAUGAGAUAAGAAGGCCUGUUUAUGAUAAACGGAAUGAAGUUAUUAAAUCUAUUCCUGACUUUUGGUUGACUGCUUUCAUGAGUCAUCCUGCACUUGGUGAUCUUUUGAGUGAGGAAGACCAGAAGAUCUUCAAGUACUUUGAUUCUUUAUACGUGGAGGACUUCAAGGAUGUGGCAUCUGGCUACUCCAUAACUUUUAACUUCAAGACAAAUCCUUAUUUUGAAGAUGCAAAACUUGUUAAGACAUUUACCUUUCAUGAGGAGGGAACAACACAAAUAACGGGUACGGACAUUAAGUGGAAGGAAGGCAUGGGCAUUGCAAAUGGAGGUGAACAUGAUAAGAAAGGAAACAAACGCCCACCACCUGAAGAGAGCUUUUUCACUUGGUUCACUGAAACACAGCAGAAAGAUAUCGCUGAUGGUUUCAGUGAUGAGGUUGCAGAGAUCAUCAAGGAGGACCUGUGGCCCAAUCCUUUGAAAUACUUCAACAAUGAAGCGGAUGAGGAAGAUACUGACGGAGAUGAGGAUGACGAAGAACAGGAAAAGGAGGAAGAAGAGGAAGAAGGGGAGGACGAGGAAUGAGGUGCAUCAUCAUCAUCUUGAGGCACUUGUUCCUAGCAACGCUUUCAUAAUUUCGAUGUCGAGAAGUGACUGUUAGUGAGUGUUAUUGUUGACUCAUUAGAACUCUAAAAUCAUUCAAAGCCAGAGAGGAUAUUUGUCAAUGUGGAUGCUUGAAGCCGUCUUUGGGUACUUCUGAGAUUAUCUUAUCUAUGUUAGUUUUGUUAAGGUGAGGUGUUUGUGAUUUCAUGUUUGGCACACUACUAAAACUAGGCAACCAACAACUUCAUCGCAAAAAUAAUGUCGGAUGUUUACU